CUCAAACGUAUAAAAAGAGACCCAGACAUGCAUUUGCAUCCACAUCCAAAAAACUGAGCUUAAUACAAUAAUACAUAUACUUCGUACUUCGUAUAUACUUCAACCCUGCUUUUUACCCAGAAACUGAAGCCAAAAACUACAUUAAAACAUUGCCCUUCUUGAAUCCAAGGGAGAAAGAAUCGUUGAAAAAGAACGUCAGAGAAGGGAGAACAAGCUUGCCGGAGUUUCUCCGGGCAAAUCUUCACGACAGAAUCUGGAGUUAAGGGAGCCGCUGCCACCUUCCAGUCCACUGCCGAUCGUCUCCUCAGCUGAACACCGCUGCAUGCCUUGCCAGUCGUUUGUCGUCGAAAUAGGUCGGCAAGUAUCAGAAAAAGGAAAAAUAAAGCAAAUGUUUGGCGGCCCAGGAAAAAUCAGCGGGGUGAUAUUGCGGACGUUACAGGGAACUUUUGCGGCGAUUGCCCUUGGUAUUUUAAGUACUGUUCCUGGAUUUUCUUUGAUUACUCCCAUGUGCUUCCUACUAGUUCAACAGUGUGUUCAAAUCAUAUGGUGCUUUAUACUUAUAUGCCUUGACCUCAAAGUCUUGGUGUCGGGGGGAAGGCUACCGACCCCUAUCCAUAUGAUGGUGAACAUUGCUUUUGAUUGGUGUAUAUGGAUGUUAUCUCUUGGAGCUUCAUCCGCAGCCGCGUCCGUGGUUGAUGUUUUCUGGGCCCAAUCCAUGUGCCAAAAGUGGGGAGAGUAUACCUGCAGACGUUACCAUGCAGCGGUUGUCAUGGCCUUUAUUGCUGUGGCAUUCCAAGCAAUCUCAGUUCAUAUUUGGAUGUGGAUUGCAGCCAGGGACGGAUCCAGGAUUCUGUGUCAAGGGGGGCAAAAUUUUUCGUUAGUGUAGGGGGUGAAUUUUUUUUUGUUAGUGUAGCGGGGUGAAAUUUUUUUCCCUAGUAUAGCGGGGCGAAAUUUUUUCGCUACUGUAGGGCUAUGCGGCUAUUUUUAUUCAAAAAAUGACAUUAAUACAUGCACAUCCCGAACGACAUUUAAAUCUAUUACAUUCUAAGUUUAGACGAUGACAAAGACAUC